GGUUGGGAAAUCUAGGCGUAUGUACAGAUGUAAGGUCAAAAUAUGUUUGAAGAACUGCUGAACUGAAAUGAGUAUUCAACAGGCAAAGUGACUUUCUUCUGUUCUUCCCAAUUCAACUUUUAUUAUUUUGUAAAACUGUAACAGUAACUCAAAGGUUAAUCACUUCUUCCAUAAUACAUGUGCGAACACAGGGUAGAUUAUAUUAGUAUACUUGCUUGACCACUUACUAAGCAUAGAUUACAGAAAUAUUGCCAUGGAGAAAAAGUCUCGAAGAAGACCACGACGUGAUGAAGAUGAAGUGAUAGAUUCCUUCUCUCAGUUAUCCCUGUCCAGAGUCAAUGGAGAAGUCAACAAAAUGAAAAAGGUCGACAUGAUAAAGUUGUUGAAGAAAAACAGCCUGAAUUCGAAUGGAGUAAAAGAAGUUCUGGGCAGAAGAUUGAAAAAUUAUUACAGAAAACAAAGAAUGAAAGAGGAAUCUGAUACAGUUCAAUGUUAUGAAAAUUUUGUUGUCAUUGAUUUUGAAGCAACAUGUGAAAGUGGGAGAAAUCUGGAUUAUCUUCACGAAAUUAUUGAAUUCCCUGCAAUGCUGUUGGAUGCAGAGACUGGAAAAAUUGUUGACGAAUUUCAUUCUUAUUGUAAACCAACACUGAAUCCGAAGUUAUCAGAAUUUUGUGUAUCUUUAACUGGUAUAUCACAAUCAGAUGUUGAUGCAGCACCAAAGUUUGAAGAAGUUUUUAAAAGAUUUGAAAACUGGAUGAUUGACAAAAAUUUGUUGAUGGAUCGCAAAUCUUUUGCAUUUGUUUCUGAUGGACCUUGGGAUUUCAGUCGUUUUCUCAACAUCCAGUGUUGUCUAAGUGAAAUCCAAUAUCCAAAAUGGGCCAGGAAAUGGAUAAACUUAAAAAAAAUAUUUGGGAAUUUUUAUAAGAUAAACAAACCGAAGAUAGAGGAAAUGCUUUCGAAUUUGGGUUUAAAGUUGGAAGGUCGACUUCACAGUGGCCUUGACGACGCGAAAAAUCUGUCAAGAAUUGUCGCUAAACUCGUCGAAGAUGGAUGCGUUCUUCAAAUAAACGAACGGCUCAAUGCUGGCAGACUGGAACCAGUUUUGCAAACUGAUCUAAAUAAAUUUAAAGCUAAAUUAGAAGUAACUUCAGCGCAAUCAGGAGAAAAUCAUAUAUGUAAAACGGAGGUGGACUCUGAUUUGAAUAAAGAUUUUUCAAAUGGAAAGAGACAGGUAAACUGUGAGACCGAGGAUUGUAAGGUCUCGAUUCCAAAUAAACCUCAUGGUAGCACUGAAGAUUUGAGUAAUAAACUAGAUUUAUGUAAAAUAUAGAUGCAAAUUUA